CCACCCCUCUUAUCCACUCAGACUGAACAUCGGAAACAAUGGCGGCAUUUGAAGCUGCGCUGUCUCUCCCCUCACUCUACUCUCCAUGUUCCUCUAAACCCCUCUCCUUUCCUAAACCCUUAAACCUUCGUAUUCCCAAUUUCGUCCCUCCCAUUUCUCACAACUUCCUCUUCUCUCCUCCCCCACUUAUCCCCACAAGAAACCUCUCUUUCGAGCUUCUGUGCUCCGCGGUGCAGGAGAUUACAGCCGGGGAAGAACAGUUGGGACAAGACUCAGUGGAAGAGGAAACCCAAAACCAGCAAAACCUCAAGAGAAAGCUGUACGUUGUGAACUUGCCUUGGUCCCUCACUGUGGUCGAUAUCAAGAACCUGUUUGGAGAAUGUGGGGACGUUAAAGACGUUGAGAUUAUAAAGCAACAAGAUGGGAGGAACAGAGGCUUUGCAUUUGUCACAAUGGCUUCUGGGGAAGAAGCUCAGGCUGUCAUUGAUAAAUUUGACUCUCAGGAGCUAUCAGGUAGAACUAUCAAGAUAGAGUUUGCAAAGCAAUUUAAGAAACCAUCUCCACGUCCUUCGACCCCCCAAGUUCAAGAGACUCGCUAUAAACUUUAUGUUUCCAAUUUGGCAUGGAAAGCAAGAUCAAGCCAUCUCAGAGACUUUGUCUCUUUAAAUUUUAAAACUCCAGUUUCAGCCCGUGUCGUCUUUGAUGGGCCUUCAGGGAAGUCUGGUGGAUAUGGAUUUGUUUCUUUUGCUACAAAGGAGGAGGCAGAGGAGGCAAUUUCUGCUUUGAAUGGGCAGGAAUUGAUGGGGCGGCCAGUGAAUCUGAAAUUUAGUGAGAAAAAUGUAGGUGAAUCUACAAGCCAAGAGGAAAACGUUGACUCCAACCAAAAUGAAAAGGAGGAGGAAGAGAAAUUGGAGAGUCAGCCUGAAGAAUCAUAAGUCCAUUGUCUACUAGAAGAUGGAGAAAUUUUAUAUAUCUGAGUAAAAAUGUCCAUGUUACAAAAAGGUGAGUACAGUAAACCAAUUGAUUUGGGUAACUUCCUCUAAGGCAAAAACUUUUAAAGCCUGGAAAGCUCAAUUACUGAUAGAUUAAUGUUAAAGAACAUUCUGCCAGUCUUAUCCUCAUUUUGUUUCUUCAUCUUCUCUCCCCAUUGGCUUGUAUUUACUUGUUAUUGCAUAAUAACUCAUUUCUUCAAAUAUUGUAUCCUGAAUAAGUUAAUUAUGUUAAUUUAUUCACUUAGAAGAUGAUAAUGGAGGAACUUGUAGGCUUGUAGUACACUAGUAUAGCAGGUUUUGCUGAACCACAGUGACUUGCAUGUAUCAGCAAGUCACUGUCAGUAACUGUAAGGUUGCAACUGCUAUAUUCCUGUUCUGUCUCUUGGUGUGAGUAACUUAGGUGUUUCUUCUUUUGUUCAUGAAAUUAUCAAGUGGUGUUAGGAUCAAAGAACCAAUGUUUCCUGUUUCAUACUUGGGAAAAGGUGAAAGGAACUGAUGGCUUGUAAACUGUGACGUGAUUCUCUCUUAAAAAAGCCAGGGAUUCAGGGGUCUAAACUGAAAGAAGGGAAAAACACCAUGUUUUUUGUUUUUGUUUUUAUAUAUACAAUGCUUGUGCCAUUUGCAUUUUCUUGGAGGUGAGAUAUCAGAUGACUGCGGUUUUUUUGUUUUC